UACUGAAAUUCAAAACAAAAUUAUUGGUGCACAUAAAAAUUAAUAUAAAAAAACAUAAAAAUGAAUAAUGCUGCAAGAAGUUCAAAAUGCUGUCCAAAAUUUGAUAAUCUGCCGAAAAAUAUGAGCUGCUUCCUGCCUGACAUAAGCAAAAGUUGGCAACGGCUGAUGGGACGCCAUAAAUAUAUAUUUACGAAACGUAAGCGAUUACUGAAAAUAGCUCAGGGAACUAGACCCAUCAGAAGGAAAUUCGUACCUCAAUGCCCAUGUAAAUAUAAAAAACCAAUUGAAUUUGUGCGUGAAACACCAAUGCGAACACGCACCGAACAACUCGCCCUACCAGCGGUUCGAAAGUUACUUCUGUUCAAAAACAGAAUUAAGGAGUUAUUCGAACCCUUACGAGUAGUGGGUAUAAAUCGCUUAAUACGCCUCAGCUUGUUCUCAGUUUAUAGCCGUUUGAACAAUAUACAACCGCCGGAGAAAAAAAUUCCAAUACACAAAUGGGAUGAUGCUGAGUGGAAAAAACAUACGAAAUAUCUUAAGAAAUUGGCGAAACCUAAAAAAGAACCUAAACAACCGAAAUUGCCAGUCAAAAAGAUGAAACUUCAGAAUAUGAAAAGAUUUCAUACGCUGGCUUUUCCGAAAACGCAUGAAGAACCAACGAAGGGGCCUUGGACGCUUACACCGGGAAUGAAGUCGUAUGAGCCAUCGGAACGCAUAAGGAAAAUAUCACAACCGAGAAUGUAUGACGAGUCAGCGCUUAUUCAAAACUUCCCUAUACCGGUUAGUCCUGCUGCUUUAGCGUACAAAGCUACGACACGUACACAAGAGUUGGCUACAGCGCGCGUGAAAGGUGUCGGAGAAUCGGACCUGAAGGAGAAUCCAUUUUCUAUAUCGCCAAAUGCGCUUAAAGCACGCACCACCGCUCGCAUUAAAGAGUUAGCGGAACCGAAGGAAUAUGAGAAUGCUCAUAUACGUGAAAAUCCCUUCGCAAUCUCCCCGGCUGCACUGAAAGCUAAAGCAUCACCGAGAAUUAUUGAACUUGCGCAACCAAAGGGAAAAAGUUAAAAUGUUGUCCAGUUUCUUAUAAAAUUAUUUGGAAAUGUAAAUCCGUUGUGACACGCAUGUGAAGUGUUGAAAUAUAAAUAGAAAGUUUUUUA